GAACUUUUUGAGGGUGUUUGUAUUUUUAUUAUGGGCAGUGUAUAAGAGUUCGUGACAAAAGUGAUUUUUACUGUGAAAAAACGCACGGAAUCGUAACAAAAAUGGGUACGUCAUGCGAGAAAAUAAAAAUGCUAUCUUUUAAAUACAUUUGUUUGUAUAUAAACAGCAAUUUAACACAAAAAAUCUGUAAAUGUUUCUGAGGAAUGAUAUCUGCUUAUGAAUGACGCUUGCAAUGUAUAUGUUUGAUCUAUUUCUAGGUGAAAAGGCAGUUCCGGCUGAUUCAAUUGAGGUGAACUUAUCUUUGCUGGAUAUUUUCGAUUAUGUGAGUGAUUCGGUGCGCCCCUUAAGAGAAGGCUGCUGCGUUCUCGAUGCACGACACGUUGUUUGUUUGGGUUAUACAACUUCUAGAGCAGCAUCAACAACUUUUAAAGGAUACGUUUUACAAUCUUCCCAUCCAAACCAAAUCCCUCAUCAAGUUGAUCUUGAGAUUGCCGCCAACGUGUCCGAGUGGAUUUUAAAAUGCAGCUGCAAGGCUGGCAAUAAUAAGUGCAAGCACAUUGUAGCUUGUUUACUGCACCUGAAUCGUGUCGACAGCGUUGAUUAUUUAACUUGCACCGAUGCUGUCCAAGCCUGGGGUUUAUCAAAGAGUGCAAAAACUACUCCCUGGGGAGCGAAACGUAUCUCCGAACUUUGCUGUGUGAAAAAACCAACCGUUCCACAACCAUCCGACCCAGAACUCAAAGAGAGAGUACUGGCGGAAGCGUUUACUCGAAUUUUAAACGGUAAAUAAU